CCCUGGCUCUGCUGCUGGCUGCCCUGGUCUUCUUCUGCCUCCUCUGCUCCGGACGGACGGACCGAAGGGCUGCCAGUGCCGCUGGGGAGCCACAGGGGCCUCGGGGCCGCCGGAGGAGGAGGAGGAGGAGGAUCCCCCCUGCCUGCCUGUCUGCUUGGCUGCUGCCUGCCAGGAACCCUGUAAAGUUUCGUCAUGGGAGCUGUGGUGGUUGAUGAUGGUCCAGCUGGAGUUAAAGCCCCAGAUGGUGGCUGGGGCUGGGCUGUUCUCUUUGGGUGCUUUGUCAUCACUGGAUUCUCCUAUGCCUUCCCAAAGGCCAUGAGCGUCUUUUUCAAGGAGCUUAUCCGGGAAUUCAAUGUUGGCUAUAGCGACACAGCAUGGAUAUCCUCCAUUCUAUUGGCCAUGCUUUAUGGAACAGGUCCCCUGUGCAGUAUGUGUGUCAAUCGGUUUGGAUGUCGUCCUGUUAUGCUAGUCGGAGGCCUCUUUGCAUCAGCUGGAAUGAUCUUGGCUUCCUUCUCUACUAAUAUGAUUCAGGUCUAUCUUACUGCCGGUGUCAUUACUGGAUUGGGCCUGGCACUCAAUUUCCAGCCAUCACUCAUCAUGCUCAACCGCUACUUCAGUGUGAAACGGCCUUUGGCUAAUGGUUUGGCUGCAGCUGGAAGCCCCGUGUUUCUUUGUGCUCUCUCACCCUUGGGGCAGGUGCUGCAGCCUAUGUAUGGAUGGCGAGGGGGAUUCCUCAUCUUGGGAGGAUUGCUCUUGAACUGCUGUGUUUGUGGAGCUCUGAUGAGACCUUUGGAUGCGCCUAAAAAACCCGAAGCUUCCAAAGGGGUAGCUGAAAAACAACCUAAGAAAAAGCUACUGGACUUCAGUGUUUUUAGGGAUCGUGGUUUCCUCAUCUAUACAGUAGCUGCAUCCAUCAUGGUGCUGGGUUUGUUUGUGCCCCCUGUGUUUGUGGUGAGCUAUGCUAAGGAUCUGAAGUACGAGGACACCAAAUCAGCUUUCCUUUUGACCAUUCUUGGAUUCAUAGAUAUAUUUGCUCGGCCAAUUUGCGGCAUAGUGGCUGGCUUGCAGUGGGUUAGGCCCCGCUGUGUCUACCUCUUCAGUUUUGCCAUGUUCUUUAAUGGUUUUACUGAUCUUAUGGGAUCCAUGUCCUACAACUAUGGCGGUCUGGUCGUCUUCUGCAUUUUCUUUGGCAUUUCCUACGGAAUGGUUGGUGCUCUUCAGUUUGAAGUUCUCAUGGCGAUUGUUGGUACACAGAAGUUUUCCAGUGCCAUUGGCUUGGUUCUCCUGUGUGAAGCAUUGGCUGUUCUAGUUGGACCACCUUCAGCAGGCAAACUCUUGGAUGCAACCCACAAAUAUAUGUUCGUUUUUAUUCUGGCUGGCACUGAAGUUGUUACUUCAUCUGUGGUGCUGGCUGUAGGAAAUGCCUGCUGUAUCAAAAGACCAGCUGAAACACAAGUAAAAGAAGACGCAGCAGAAAGAGAGGAGCUAAACAAACAACCUGGAGACAGAAAGGUGGACUCUAUUGAAGUAGAACGCUUUCUAAAAGAUGAAAAAAAUGGGCAAGUUGUAACUAACCCAGAAACAUGUGUGUGAGUGUGACAAGAAUGAAUGUCAAAAUAUUUAGGAAAAAAUUCAGAUGAUUUCAACACUGUUAUUUAUUUUAGAAAUAGGACUAGUUUAGGGCUGGGCCAUCUUGUUUGGGAACUGGAGGCCAACCAGUUCAUGAAAUCACUCUUUGGAAGCUGGCCUAUUAGAAAACCUUUUCUCCCAGCUUUAAAAUGGAUUGAUUUUCAAAUUAAACUGCUUGGGUGUAACUACUACUGCAAGCUAAACAAAUGGCCUUCUAAACACAUGUAGAGGUCCCGCUAUGCAUCACCAGAAAAUGCUCACUUGGAUGAAAAUAUUUUAACUUGAGAGGAAUUAUAUAUGAACUUUUCCUGUCACACAGAUGAAAUAAUUGUCUGGUUUUGUGUGUGUGCAUAUGUGGUACACUUCAAUGUAUCUUCCAUGUCUGUGUCUGCUUUAGGAGGAAUGGCUUAGCAAGGAGAAAUCUCAGGGACUUGGUCAUCUCCAGAAAGGUUUUAAAACGUAUCUUUUCCAAAUGUCUUUAGAUCAUUUGGCUCAGCCCUAAUCUAAUUUUGAUAACAUACAAUUUUCAAAAACUUCUGGUUUUUCAAUGUAUUUUUAUGCUAUUUUUGUUUUCUGUUUUCAUUGUCAUUUUUACUGGAAAUAUACAAAUACCAAGAAAGGCACUGUGAUGCUUCCUGGGACAUCUUACAAUGGUUGUUCUCAAAUUAUGUAAAAACAAACUGAAAGUCAUGUGUAGUUCUAAGAGGCCAACAGAGCAAGCUUGAUGAUUACUUUACCCUCAUUACUGACCCUCUGCUUUAAAUAUAUUCCCUUCAGAAUGUGUCUUGCUUUCAUGGCUUUCACAGCUUUAUUUCCACAGAGGAAACCAGUCCAAAAGAAAUGGAAAGAGUCAUUUUAGUAAUGUGCCUCUAACAUCUGUGAGUUCUAUAUUAAACUGGAGGCAAGUGAGUGAGCAGAUAAAGACCUUUGGAGUCAGAAUUAAAAAUACUUCAUUAAAAAGGUGCUAUUACAUUUUUACAAAAUAGUGCACUGCCCCCAUUAUUUCAUCAUGGUGAAACAUUAAUGGAGUUGUCAUCUCCAUCAUGAAAUGAGACAGGCGUAAUAGAAGAUGCAUAGGGUGAAGAAGGUAGUUUUUGCUUUCUGCUAUCCUUAUUCUUCUUCAGAAAGAAACUGGGGAUGGGGGUGGGAUGCAGGUGUCCUCUUGUUUUCUGUGAUACUCUGUAGGUGAAAUGAUGUUGAGGUCAUCAAAUGGCAAAAGCCAACAUUUGGGAGCACGCUGUAUUUAGUGGCCUGACAAAGAAUAAGGGAGCCUAGAGAGUUUAUAUGCAGGUUUAUCUUGAACAUUUUCUGGUUUUAGACUACAACUAACAGAAUUUCCCAGACAGUAUGGCCAUGACCAAUAUGGGGAUUACUGGAAGUUGCAGUCAAGAAAACUAACUUUUCUAAGCUCUGAGUCAUGCACCUGACCCCAUUAUUUUCAGAGGAUAACAUGUUUAAAUUCCUUAAUACAAGUAGAUAAAGGUGUGUGUGACCAAGUAACCACCACAGUGGAACACCUAGCCUACAACAUGAUGUGCUUGACAACACAUUGCUAUACAGUACCCAUGUUGUACAGAUUCAAAACAUAGGCAAGGACACCUGAGCAGGGCUUAUCUUCUAUCUUGCUCUUGUUACCAUCCUUCCCAGAAGCGAUGGAUGGGCUUGAACCUUCCAGAUGUUGUUGGACUCCCAACUAUGGUCAGUUUCAGCCUCCAUGGCCAAUGGCUGGGGAUGACUUAUGGGCUUCAGUAACAUUUAUUAAACAUGGGGGGGGGGGCUUUAGAUUGUUCACUCCUGCCCUGUAUCCCUGCAGAAGCAAGAGCUGCAGGGAUGAUAUAAGGUAGACUGAUGAAAAUGAACAUCGCUCAAAUAGGUCCCAAGAGGAAGAUAAGGCCCUUCUGUCCCCAUGUCAAUUUUGCUCUGCAUGUCUGAGGCCAGUAGUAAUGAUAAAUUAAUAGAAAGAGAUGACAGAAGCAGAUUGGUGGGCCCAUGUGUGCAUGUGUAUCCAACCCUAAGAACUAGAAAGUUAAUUGUCACUAGUUUGCAAGUCGGCCUCUGAAUUUCUCUCAUAAUACCUUGAGCUAAUAUUAUUUUCUCUUUAGCGGAUUCCAUAUGCAAAAUUCUUGUUCCCUGGGCAGCUGUAAAACAGCCUUCAGUUAGAUGUUAAGAGAGAAAGUAGAAAACACAAAGGAAGUUGUGAUGGUUUUUUAUCAUAAUGUUUAACCAAAGAGGGACUAUGUUUAUUUGAUAUUAUCUUUGGCAGGAACUUCCAUUGUCCCACAUUUUAGUAGUAGGGGUAUAUGACCAAAGCAAGGAAGAAGACUACAUGACAGACACUGAGUCAAGCUUGGCUUGGAAUACAAAGCUUUUCAGACAUUAGGAUACAGAGCUAAACUUGAGUUAACCUAUCUUACAAGUAGGGAUUUAUUGUUCUGAGUAGCAAAAUUAGAUACCCAUCUGGUGACCUGGAGCACUGAUUAAAAAUGGUACCUAGGUCAAGUCGAGCUGCUUUAGGAAAGCUGGUAAGGGCAUUUGUGCCUGUGGCUUCUCUGAAACAGCUAAGUAUUCCAAAGAGUGGGGUCAAGUGACAGAUUUUUUCAACUGGCUCUUCCACAAAGUCAUUUCAUUAAUGCAUUCCUUAACAACAUGUUCAGCAUUCACUGGUCGAGUAACAACUGAAUGUUGGGUAGCCAUGCUCAAGUUAU